UCGGUGACAAGGAACGGUUGACAUGACGCGCAGUCCUCACCAUAGCGCGAGAGUAGGAAUCACGUGCGCGCGAGCCAACAUUUAAAUUGAAAAUAUUUAGCUGGACUUAAAUAUGAGUAGUCUGUUGAAGCAUUUUGUCUUGCAAAAAAUUCGAGUGCGUUAUAAAUAGUGAAGAAAAUCAUCGUAUCUUGCCCUGACCGAACAAUUUCUCCCAACUGUUGGUUGUUCACUUGUUUUGAAUUAGAAUUUAAAUCGUGAACAUUGUCUUAGAUUGCGUAAGUUAUGUACAUUGAAGAAAUGAUAUUCGUGGUAAUUUAUCAAGUAGAUGCAUUUAAGUAUGAACGUUACGGGAGUAAUCGAGCCCAAAGGCAGGGGGUGAUUGACACGGCGAGUAUGGUGGCAGCUCAUUCACCGGAGGUGAGUGCUGGGUGAUCUCAGCGACGUCCGCACAAACUCUACGCCGCUUCUAUAAUAAACCUCGGGCCUGGAGGAUGCUCGUCACGAAUUUGUGAGAGCGCUGAUUUCAAAGAGGCCAGGCGAUAAAAACGACGUUUUGAUAUGGCGGAAGCUGCUUCUGCUCAACCACCAGCUGCGGCUUCUUCAGCGCUUAAAAGCCCCAAGAAGAAGUGCACCGCUCUAAAGGCCAAGAAGGUCGGCCCCAGCGUGUCCGAGCUCAUCCUCAAGGCUCUCGCCAGCAGCAAGGAGAGGAACGGCGUGUCUCUUCGUGCGCUCAAAAAGUCGCUCGCUGCCGGAGGAUACGACGUGGAGAAGAACAAUGCCCGCGUAAAGUUUUCCAUCAAGAAGCUCGUGGCCAAAGAUGCCGUGGCGCAAGUGAAGGGCAGCGGUGCGUCUGGCUAUUUCAAACUCAACAAGAAGGAAAAGGCUGCCGCAAAAGCGAAGCCCGAAUCGUCAACGGCAAAGCCCGCAGCUAAAAAGCCCACGGCAGCCAAGAAGGUAAAGAAGCCCGCGGCAGUCAAGAAGACCGCGCCCAAGAAGUCUCCCAAGAAAACAAAGAAGUCCGCGGCUGCCAAGAGCCCCAAAAAGGUGAAGUCGGCUGUUAAACCCAAGAGGUCGGACCGUAAGUACGAGGGAGAGAGGUAA